AGGAGGGGCGGAAGUGGAGGAAGUGAAGUGAGCGAGCGACCCAAAGUGGGGAUGUGUCUAAGAGACCCAGGCAAGCAGCGCGAGCGAUCGAGCUCUGCCUUCUCCCCUCCGUGAAGUGUUGGAUUAACGGAACUACCCCGGGACAGACGGAACCGAGCGAAUCGAGCAAACAGCGGAUGGUUUACAUAGCUGCCGACAACUGGGGCAGACGAAGCCCACCGAUGCACACGCACAAAGAGUUGAAAACAUCCACUCUGAAACUGCGGUCCGUCCACACGCACACACAUACACACACUCACGUACGCGCACACAUAUAGAAUACAUUAUGCACGCGGACUGCAGGCUGCUAUGGAAGUGUCGGUAAUGGUGGGGCGAGGAGGACCCGGUGGAGUCUCCGUGCCCGGCCUCCUCCUCAUCCCCACGAUCGCCGUCCUGCUAAGCGCAACAACGUCUCGUGCGCAGAAAGGUGAUGGCUGCGGCCACACUGUGUUUGGGCAGGACAGCGGGAGUGUGUCGUCACUGGGCUACCCGCUGUGGCUGCGCAGCGAGAGUGUGUGUGAGUGGGACAUCACAGUGGAAGCCACACACACACUCCUGAUCCGCAUCGCAGACAUGGACAUCCAGCCCCACGACUGCCAGAUCACAUACCUGCGCAUAUACAACGGCAUCGGGGCACAGCGAACCGAACUGGUGAAGUUGUGUGGUAAAGAUCUCCAGAUUCCAGAGCUGAUCCGUUCCCAGGGCAACCAGGUGACCGUGCAGUUCAUGAGUGGACCACACAGCACUGGGCGGGGCUUCUUCCUGUCCUAUGCCACCAAUCAGCAUCCAGAUUUGAUCUCCUGUCUGGAUAGAGGUGUGAACUUCAGUGAGCCUGAAUUCAGUAAGUUCUGUCCAGCAGGAUGUCUAACUGGUUUUGGAGAAGUGUCUGGCACCGCCCCUCAUGGAUACAGAGAUUCCUCUGUGCUGUGUCUGGCUGGUAUCCAUGCGGGGGUGGUGUCAGAUGUGGAGGGGGGGCACAUCAAUGUGGUCAACAGCAAAGGCAUCCCCUACUACGACAGCACACUGGCUAACAACGUCACGUCAGUCAAAGGUACAUUGUCUCCCAGCCUCGUCACCUUCAAGACCAGCGGCUGCUAUGGUACUCUCGGUCUGCAGUCUGGCGUGGUGAGAGACACUCAGCUCUCCGCCUCCUCUGUUUGGGCCUGGCGCCAUGGCAACAGCCUGGGCGACGAGAGUGACGGCUCCGAGGACCAAAUACGGUGGGCGGCCACCGGAGCCCGCCUAAGAAAGGCGGGGUUUGCAUGGGCGGCGGCACAUUCUGACCAACAGCAGUGGAUACAGGUGGACCUGAAGAAAGAGAAGAGAGUCACAGCCAUCAUCACAACAGGCUCCACCCUCUCAGACUACCAGUGCUACGUCUCGGCCUAUCGCGUGCUCUAUAGCCAUGAUGGACAGGACUGGAGCACCUAUCAGGAAGGCCACUCCAACCAGGAGAAGAUCUUUCAAGGCAACACCAACUAUUACCAGGAAGUGCGCAACAACUUCAUUCCACCAAUCAUGGCGCGGUUUGUGAGGAUAAACCCCGCCCAGUGGCAUCAGAGGAUCAUGCUGAAGCUGGAGCUGUUAGGCUGCCAACCCCCUGCAGUGGGGCCUCGAGUGGCAUCAGGUCCUCCCCAGAGAAACAGAACACAGCGCCCUCCAGUGGAGCUCAGCACAUACACACCCGAAAUACGCAACAACACCAUGCCCCCGCUCACAGGACACGAGGUUGCCAUAGCAGCAGUGCUGGUUCCAGUAGCGGUGAUGCUCUUCACGGCUCUGCUGCUCACAGCUGUCUGCAGCUGGCACUGGAGGAACAGGAAGAACCCAGAGGUCACGUAUGAACUGCCACACUGGGACCGCACAGUGUGGUGGAAGGGUAUGAAGCAGCUUCUGCCGUCCAAGAUGUCUGAAGGAGAGGAGAGUGUCAGAUACAGCUCCACACACACUCAUGCCAGACGCAUCACAGAGCCCGCAGAGUAUGCCCAGCCGCUGGUGGGCGGAGUCAUGGCCUCUCUGGGCGUGCGCUCCACCUUCAAGCCCGAGGAGGGGGAGGAGCCUCCGUACGACGCCCCCUUGACCCCCGACCUUUUAUGCCACGCCUAUGCGGAGCCAGUGCCCACCUCCGGCGCCGAGUACGCCACGCCCAUCCUGAUUGACAUGGCCAACCGCCAACCAGGAGCCGCCGUGGGCCCCUUCGCAGGGCGGGCCCACUUGGCACGGACUGAGAGUGGCCAAUCAGCGAGCUCCCUUUAUGAUACGCCCAAAACCGCACCCCCUGAGGAGGGACCUAUGGCCUAUCAGGUGCCUCAAAACGGCUUCCAGGGUGCACCUGGGCAGGUCAGCUGAGGAGGACUGGCCUAUCAGAAGAAGGUUUGGAGGAGAAAGGGCGGGACAGCUGGAUAACUUGACCAAUGGAAGCAAGGCAUUUCUUUUUCUUGCCAUUUUACCAAAAAAACACUACCUGUGCGUGUGUGUAUGUGUGUGUGUGUCUGUGUGUGUGUGUAUGUGUGUGUGUGUGUUUGUGAGUGUGAGAGAGAGAGCGUGUGUACUUAAUUGUGUCUCUACAGAGUAUAUAUGAAUAUACUAUAUAUAUGUUUCAAAUGUGUGUGUAGCAGAAUCGCACAUAAUUGUAGAUAGUGCCGAAGCAGUCCAAUCACUGAUGUGAACACUAAGUAAUAGAGAGAGAGAGCGAGAGAGAGAGAAAGAGAGAGAGAGAGAGAGAGAGCGAGAGAGCCCCUUCACUACUGUCUCCUGCAUGACCAUUUAUGUACUGUGAGUUUGUUUUUUACUGUAAACACCUUAGGACUGAAAUGCGCUGGUCUACCAAAAGCCAAAUGCAGAGUUUGUGUUCAGUGUUUGUUGUUGUCUUGUUGAAAGCGUUGGCCACACACUUCCAUUUCCUGAGUUCCCUCUUAACUGGUGGAGUACUCGUCACAUGCUGUCUUCAGCCCGGCCAUAACAGUGUUGCCAGACUUUGCGGUUUCCCACCCAAUUGGGCUAUUUAGGAUGGCGAUCUUUGGGUAAAAAAGGGGCUUUGGGUGGGUUUUCCUGUAGAUUUAUGGCCAUAGAAAUCAAUAGAAUUAAGUGUAAAUUUGGAAAAAUGUUGUGCCUCUAGGUGUCUUUUGAGUAUUUUUUGGGCUUGGAAAUCAUCAGUUGCAUCUGGCAACCCUGCAUACUACAACGGUGCUGGUGCCCCUUUCUGGCGUAGCCAAGACAAUGUUUAACAUUGAACGACUUUUGUUCAUAUCAAGCUAUGUGCUUUUCCACAUGAAACUGUGUGUUACCCGGAUGAACUUGCUGAGGCUGUCAUCAUGGUUCGCAGCAGUUGCUGAGAUUUUCAUCGCGAACAUGUCAGUUGUUUCGAGAUAAGUUGUGGAAAUGGUCUCUCCUUUGUCGACCUGAACACGCUGCGGUAAUACCGUAUGUGUUGGCCAAUUAGUGUCUUCCAGGGGGUUUCUCUUGUCAGUUAGUUUGAUUUCCUACUAUCUUGAUUUAACUAAUGGUACAUUCAUUGCAAUGCAGAAGCAAACCUAACAUCUACUUAGAAUCCAAAGUAGGGCUGCACGAUAUCAGAAAAAAAUCGAUGCGCGAUAACAGCAUGCAAUACCUCAAUAACUCAAUAUUUAAACGAUAUCUAUAAAUAUAGCAGAGUGUUUUCCUUGUCACUAAUUUGUCGGUCUGUGUGGGGGCGUGGCUUUGGUCAUUGCCGGCUUCUUGCGAAUUUGUUGAUAUUCAGCUAGUGAUUGGACUGCACAGAAAUGUUUUACUUGUUAGCGAUAAUUAAGUCAUUUUCGCGAUACGCAUAUCGCCACUCUUGAUAUUGCGAUUUCGAUACAUUUUCGAUAUAUUGUGCAGCCCUAAUCCAAAGUCACUUUGUUAUUUAGGUACAGGGUAUUGGGUACAGUCCCUGGAGCAAUUGUGAACCUAGAUACCAUGAGCAGUCAUGGAUGACAGUGCCAGAGACCAUACACAUUAUCAGAGGUGUCAAUAGGAAAAGUAAGAGUGAAAAAUAAGGUACAAAGCUAUAAAUGUUGUAACAGCUAUGUAAUAUAAUGCGCUGGUGUUUUACACCAUGAAAAUACUUUUACUUUUGACACCUCUGCACAUCCUUUCCACUGGAGCGGGAUUGGAUCACAUGACCCUCUCAUCCCGAGACCAGUUCCACAGCCAAAGGUUUCAAUAUGUUUGACCAAGAAAAGUCGUAGCACGCAUCACCAAUGCAACAGACUGGAAUCGAGUCGGCUCACCUUAAGUGCCUGUGAUUUUCCAUUGAGUUUAUAGCUACGGUGUAUGACAUAUGAGCGUGACUUUCUAUUGAACUUCAUUCAUUCUCCUAUUCUCCUGCUUUUUUUGCAAAAUGUUAAGGAUAUGGUCGUGGAAAGGGUACUCAAUGCUUCAGACAAAAGUACUGGUUUGUCUAAAACCAUACAUUUGUCUAAAACAGGGGUUAACUUUAUGCCUUUUCUAAGACCAAGAGAAACUUAUCAAAGCUGAAUUGUCUGUUUUUGAACACAUUCAAAUGGCCACACAUUCCUCAGAUAUGACCAAGGUAUCAUUGUAAAAAUUUGAAUCUGCACUCUCAGAAUCUGUGAUUGACUCAAUAUGCCUCUAUGCCUACUUGUGUCCUGUUGUCAUGUGACUAGUAUCCAUACGGAAGCCCCAAAAGCUAAGUGUACCUAAAGUGAAAAAUAGAACCGGUGUUAGUUUUGCUUGCUUUUUGUAUAUUUUAAUUUAUUUUUCCACUUUCAAUACCUGCUGAAAUUAACACACAUACGCAUACACCCAACACACACACACACACACACACACACACACACACACACACACACACACACACACACACACACACACACACACACACACA